AUGAUGCUCUCGGCCAAGACUCGCUCGUACUCUAGCACGUCGUCUAGCUCGUCGUCCUCGGCCACCUCCCGCGCCGACGACCUCUAUGACCGUCUGCUGAUCAAGGCCACCGUCGACGUCUGGUCAGCUGGAAACCUCCGCAUCAACGGUCGCGAUCAAUCUCUUCCGCCCGCAGAGGCAGAGGAGCUCCUCGCCACUCUCAAGGAGGACAGCAGGAUGCUCGCCUUCAUCGACUUUGACGGAGAGGACUGGAAGGCUUCCUACCGUCUUGCGCCGCCCACGCCGCCAGCUCAGUAG